CUGUAGUUCAUGUAAAUGCGCGCGCACGGCUCCCUCCCAGCGCGUCACAGAGUCUUCCGUAACUCGGUGUUUAUAACGCGCCGCUGUGCACGGAAAAGGGCACAAGCAUGCCUCGUCUCUAGAGAGGCAGAGCGCGCUGCAGCGACUUGGAGACGCGUUUUCGGAGCUGUGCAGCCGCGGCUGAGCCAGAGACGCGCAGGAGUUUCACCCCAACUUCACCGCCGCAGGUCGGUGCCACAGAGACCUCCUUCUCCUGGGAAAAUCCCUGGAAGUAAACGCGCUCGCAAGCACAUUCAGUCACACGCAGGCAUGAUGCAGGAGUCGGAGCCCACAGUGUGCCAGCUGCAGCCCAACAUCAUCUCAGUGCGUCUUUUCAAAAGGAAGGUUGGCGGAUUGGGUUUCCUGGUGAAGCAGAGGGUGUCCAAGCCACCUGUCAUUGUGUCAGACCUCAUUCGCGGCGGUGCAGCAGAAGAGUGCGGCCUGGUGCAGGUGGGCGACAUCGUCCUGGCUGUCAACAACAAGCCCCUGGUGGACCUUUCUUAUGAACGAGCUCUGGAGACACUGAAGAACGUGCUGCCGGAGAGUCACGCCGUGCUCAUCCUGCGUGGGCCUGAAGGCUACACCACCCACUUGGAGACCACCAUAUCCAGAGAUGGCCGCCAGCGCACAGUGAGGAUCACUCAGCCCGCCCUCCCACUCUCCAAGUCCUACGAUCACUGGUCUCCGAUCAGCGCACACAGCCCAGGGCAGCAAGUCAACAAGGAGGUCCAGCUCAGGGCCAUCGAGAACCUCUCGUCUCCAUCCAUCCUGCAGAAGGGAGGUGUGCAGGGCCAGGAUGGGGUCCGUGGAGCUCUUCUGUGCAACGGGCUGGAGGAAAACAAUGACCUCCUUAAGGAGAUUGAACCGGUGCUGCGUCUCAUCAAAAACAGCAAAAAGGAGAUCAAUGGAGAGGGCCAGCAGAACGCUGGGAGGAGAGAUCCAGAGAUUCAAGUAGAAAGGGACCUCGGCGUGGGAACUGACACGUCCACCCAGCUGAGCCCGGAUAAUGAGAAAGUGCUGGUAAAAAAGCCUGUGGCGGACCACAAUGCUGAUGCUGGAAAGCCCGGGACCCUGGACCACGGCACCUCGCCCGUGAUGCCGGUGCAGAACGGCAGCCCCUCCAAAUGCCCCCGCUUCAUGAAGGUCAGGAACUGGGAGAAUGGGACGGUCUACAACGAUGUCCUCUACCACAGCUCCGGCAAGACGCCUGUCUGCGGUGAAAAUGUGUGCAUCGGCUCCGUCGUGAUGCCCAACCACAACUCCCGCAAACCAGAUGAGGUGAGACCUAAAGAGGAGCUUCUGUCGCUGGCCACGGACUUCAUAGACCAAUAUUACACCUCCAUCAAAAGGAACGGCUCCAAGCCUCAUGUGGACAGACUGGAGGAGGUAACGAAGGAGAUUGAAGCUUCAGGAACUUACCAACUGAAGGACACUGAACUGAUUUAUGGAGCCAAACACGCCUGGAGGAACGCCUCCCGAUGUGUGGGAAGGAUUCAGUGGUCCAAACUGCAGGUUUUUGAUGCCAGAGACUGCACAACAGCCCAUGGCAUGUACAACUACAUCUGCAACCACAUCAAGUAUGCCACCAACAAAGGCAACCUUAGGUCAGCUAUCACCAUAUUUCCUCAGAGGACAGACGGCAAACACGACUUCCGUGUGUGGAACGCUCAGCUGAUUCGUUACGCAGGUUACAAACAGCCUGAUGGGAGUAUCCUUGGAGACCCCGCUAAUGUUGAAUUCACAGAGAUCUGCAUGCAGCUUGGAUGGAAAGCUCCGAAGGGUCGAUUUGAUGUCCUUCCACUUCUCCUGCAAGCUAACGGAAAUGACCCGGAGCUGUUUGAGAUCCCUGAAGACCUCGUUCUGGAGGUGCCGAUCACACAUCCAAAGCUCGAAUGGUUCAAAGACCUGGACCUGAAGUGGUACGGUCUCCCAGCAGUGUCAAACAUGCUGCUGGAGAUCGGAGGUCUGGAGUUCACCGGAUGCCCCUUCAGCGGAUGGUACAUGGGCACAGAGAUCGGCGUCAGGGACUUCUGUGACACCUCACGCUACAACAUCCUGGAGGACGUUGCAGAAAAAAUGGGUUUGGACACCAGAAAGACGUCUUCUUUGUGGAAGGACCAGGCACUCGUGGAGAUUAACAUAGCUGUCCUGCACAGCUUCCAGACUUGCAAAGUGACCAUAGUGGACCACCAUUCAGCCACGGAGUCCUUCAUGAAGCACAUGGAGAACGAGUAUCGGGUGAGAGGAGGCUGUCCUGGAGAUUGGGUGUGGAUUGUGCCACCGAUGUCCGGGAGCAUCACGCCAGUUUUUCAUCAAGAGAUGCUCAACUACCGCCUCACCCCCUCCUAUGAGUACCAGCCUGAUCCUUGGCACACACACGUGUGGAAAGGAGUCAACGGGACUCCCACAAAGAAAAGGGCCAUCGGAUUCAAGAAGCUUGCUAAGGCUGUGAAGUUUUCGGCAAAGCUCAUGGGCCAAGCCAUGGCCAAGAGGGUGAAAGCCACCAUACUGUUUGCCACCGAAACGGGCAAAUCACAAGACUACGCCAAAACCCUCUGUGAAAUCUUCAAGCACGCCUUUGACGCAAAGGUCAUGUCCAUGGAUGAGUACGACGUGGUGCACCUGGAGCACGAGACUCUCGUUUUAGUGGUGACCAGCACAUUUGGGAAUGGUGAUCCACCUGAAAACGGCGAGAAAUUUGGAGCCGCCUUAAUGGAGAUGCGCCACCCAACGUCCAACAUGGAGGACAGAAAGAGCUACAAGGUCCGUUUCAACAGCGUGUCUUCUCACUCAGACACUCGGAAGUCCUCUAGCGAUGAGCCAGAGGCCAGGAUCAACUUUGAGAGUACCGGACCUCUGGCCAACGUCAGGUUUUCAGUGUUUGGCCUUGGCUCCAGGGCCUACCCACACUUCUGCGCCUUUGCCCACGCUGUGGACACGCUGUUUGAGGAGCUGGGGGGGGAGCGCAUCCUACGCAUGGGAGAAGGAGACGAGCUGUGUGGCCAGGAGGAAUCCUUCAGAACGUGGGCCAAAAAAGUUUUUAAGGCUGCAUGUGAUGUGUUCUGCGUUGGCGAUGAUGUGAACAUCGAGAAGGCCAACAACUCCUUGAUCAGCAACGACCGCAGCUGGAAGCAGAGCAAGUUUCGCUUAACGUACACAGCUGAGGCCCCGGCCCUCACAGACGCUUUAUACAGCAUUCACAAGAAGAAAGUUUACGGAGCAAAGAUGAUAGAAGCACAAAAUUUACAAAGUCCCAAAUCCAAUCGCUCCACCAUACUAGUGCGGCUCCACACAAACAACCACGACAGCCUGAGCUACAAGCCCGGCGACCAUCUGGGCAUCUUCCCUGGCAACCACGAGGACCUGGUGACGGCGCUCAUAGAUAAACUGGAGGACGCGCCGCCUGUCAAUCAGAUCGUCAAAGUGGAGUUCCUGGAAGAGAGGAACACUGCCCUAGGCGUGAUCAGUAACUGGACUCAGGAGACUCGUAUUCCUCCUUGCACUAUUUACCAAGCUUUCCAAUUCUUCCUGGACAUCACCACUCCGCCGACUCCGGUGCUGCUGCAGCAGUUUGCUGCUCUGGCAACCGAUGAGCAACAGAAAAAGAAACUAGAGAUCCUCAGUAAGGGCUUGCAGGAGUACGAGGAGUGGAAAUGGUACAACAAUCCCACGCUUGUGGAGGUGCUGGAGGAGUUUCCUUCCAUCCAGAUGCCCUCCACUCUGCUGCUCACCCAGCUGCCCCUGCUGCAGGCUCGCUACUACUCCAUCAGCUCCUCUCCUGACCUGUACUCAGGGGAGAUCCACCUCACAGUGGCGGUGGUCUCCUACCGUACCAGAGGUGGAGAAGGACCUACUCACCAUGGGGUGUGUUCAUCGUGGCUCAACAGGGUAGAAAAAGGAGAGAUGGUGUCGUGUUUUGUCCGCAGUGCACCAUCAUUCCAACUUCCCAAAGACAGCCGAGCUCCUUGUAUCCUGGUGGGACCGGGAACAGGCAUCGCCCCUUUCAGAAGCUUCUGGCAACACAGACUGUUUGACCUCGAGCAAAAUGGGAUGAAGUCAGGUCCCAUGAUCCUGGUGUUCGGCUGUCGGCAGUCUGAGAUGGACCACAUCUACAAAGAAGAGACGAUCCAGGCCAAGAACAAAGACGUGUUCACUGAGCUCUACGCGGCUUAUUCCAGAGAACCUGGCAAACCAAAGAAAUACGUACAAGAUAUUCUGCGUGAGCAUCUGUCAGAGAAGGUGUUCCAGUGCCUGAGGAGGGAAGGUGGACACAUCUAUGUGUGUGGGGACGUCACAAUGGCUGGAGAUGUCCUCAAGACUGUCCAGCAAAUCAUCAAGCAGCAGGGCAACAUGAGUCUAGAGGAUGCUGGCUUCUACGUCAGCAAACUUCGGGAUGAGAACCGCUACCACGAGGACAUUUUCGGCGUCACUCUGCGCACCUAUGAGGUCACCAAUCGGAUUCGCUCAGAAUCCAUCGCCUACAUUGAGGAGAACAAAAAAGACUCAGACGAGGUUUUCUGCUCGUAGGCCGAUGAAUCGAGGGCUCUCUGAAACAACCGGUCUGAGGGACGCAGCAAUGCUGGUUUAAGAAUACUGUGCCAAUUUUUGUACUGUAAAAAAAAGUUUGUUUUUCUACACAACUUAAUGUUUCUGUUGGGCUCUGCAACUUUGUCUGUAGCAAGUUGGAAACGUUUCGUUCUGAUAUUUUGUUUUGCUUGUCGAUGAUACUUCCAAAAUUGACAAACUGAUGAUUCAUAAUGUGUGCACCUAGUGUAAUGACCCGCCUCAUUGUGAAUGCAUGACAAAGACAAGAAUAUAAUCAAAACUCAUAAUAUACUCUGUGUUAUUGUUAUGGCUAAAAAAUCCUUAUUGAGGUUAUAUAUUUGCAAGGAAAUGUGUGGCAUUGAUGAAAAACGUACAUUUCUGUAUUAAAUGGAUUAACUUUACAUGUUGGGAGCAUACACGGAGCAGUAAAAUGUAUUUGGGCUUUUAUUUUUUAAAUAACGAAUCAAGGCUUUAGGUGAACUGGAAGAUGUACAGGCAUGUAGACAGAAAAAACAACAAAGGUUCUGCUAACAAAUUUAGCGUGAAGUCGCCCUGAAUUGUGAAAAUGGCAGUUCUGUCACAGCCUCCAUAAACGCGUUAACUAGCUCGCCACUGGCAAUCCAUCAGAAAGCAUCAGUGUGAGUGCUCUUCAGCAGCCCGGGCGUUCAGUCACAACGUGGUGGGUUUCUGUGUCUCUGCUGCCACUGAAACAAGAGUCACUUAAAUGUGAUUUAAAGGUUUUUAUCAGUUUGCUUCUUUUUUUUCAGGGUUUCUAAAAUUGAUUUAUGCAAUACUGGCAGAGGAAAGUAGUUUGAGUGGGAUUAAGGGAUUUAGCUUCUUUUAUUUAAUCUAAGGGGUCUUUACGUCCAAAACUCGACUGACUUUACUUCUUCUUCUGUUUUCUUUUUGGUGAAAACGCUUCUUGGUUAGGUUUAGGAAGAAUGACUGUUUCAGGAAAACGUUAAAAGUUUCUUUAAAAAAACUGAAGAGAGUAACCUUCAAAGCCUGCUUCACACGGAGGAUAACCGUGCCAAUUUUUGACCAGCCCCACUCCUUCCAACAAUUUUAUGCACGGUUGCCAUAACAGCUCUAAGCAUAAUCUUAUCAGAUAAUCCUACCAUGUGUGGUGUGUUAUGAUUGCUCCGGUCCACUCGGAAGGGUGUCUAGAUGCUCUGAUCAAAAAUCUGGGAUUCCAAACUUGUUGGAUUGUCUUUUUUGGCAACAAACAAACGUGCUGCCUGUUGAAUGAGUGGUCUAGCCAAUCAGAAAGCAAAUUGAUGAAAGUGUGCAGCACACUCCUCCGACAUGUUUGUUUACCUCAAAGUCAUGUUUUAUCAUGAGAUUUACCAUCUGACCAGAGAAUGUCCAUGAGUAAAAGUGUGUAGUGUCUGUCGAACUGCUGCACUCCACGAACUAUGACCUCAAAUGGUUUAUUAUAAAUAUGGUGAAUAUAUCAUUUUUAAUCACCGUGUGUGCGGUCUCACGUUUUGAACAUGAGCCGACUAGAUCCUGCCGUGUGAAUGGGGCUUUGGCUGAUGUCGCACUGAUUUGUGACUGCUGGCGACUAGUUUGGGAACUCAAAAUGUCAAGAAGAUGCACAAAGUGUCAUUUGGAGCUUCACUAAAUUGGGACAAAGUUCACACAGAGCAUUUGAUGUUGUUCUAAACAAACCGCUAAACAGUUCUGCGAGUUCUUUUGUCUCAACUUAUAUAAAAGUGAACCUGAAUCAUCCCAUUCAACAGCAUCGCCUCUUUUGCAGUUUACCACAUUGAGACUCGUGGAAACUUCACUGAAAAUAGUUUGAGACCAGUUCCAAAGUCUGCAACAACUUUGUGACUACUUUGAAAAAUAAAUAAAUAAAUAGAAGUAAAACAGAUUUUCAUAAUGACAGCAACACAAGAGCAACUUAUAAACACCCACAAAUGUUUUCAGACACUUUUGGAUACUCCUUGUGAAUGCCUUUAACAAUCGCCACUCAGUUAUAUGAUUGGGACUUGAGCUCCACUUUACCAACUUUGACUCCAGCAAGAGCCAACAAAACGUUAAAAAAGAACUUCAUUAAACUCCUGGAAAGUUAAAAACCAAGUUCAUUCAUUUCUUAACCCUCCCACUGUCUUCAUGGGUGACCCCAUCCUGCUCAAUGGUCAACUUUCCUCACGAGGUUACCCAUAGCGACAGUGGGAGGGUUAAACACGUUUGCAGUGGUCUGAUAUAAAUGAAUGCCUUGUUUUCAGGAACUAGAAGUGAGCCAGAUCAGAGUUGAGUUUCAGACGUUUGGAUUUGGAGUUUUAUUUCCUGAUGUUCAGACAUCUCGCCUCUUAUUGGCUAACAGCUGCAUGACUCAUUUGCUCUGCAACGUUGUUUUAGCGCCACAAACAUCACAAGCCUGGAGGAGUUCUCCUGUGUGGUGAAGUUGCUAACGCUAACGGUUAGCUUCUACUAGUCGAAACGCGCUCUGCUCUCUCCUGGAUGCGACACCAACAGCCUUCCCCGUCACAAGGCAAGCUGGUCGAGUCCUUAAAUGUUCUUUUUCAAUGUGACGUGGCAUUGCCUGGCUUUUCUAAUCUGAGCAUUUCUUGUCAAUUUUCUAUCGGUGACUAGUGCGGAAAAUGGGGUUAAACUUUGAAUGAUGGAUUAUAUUUCAAAAAUAACUAGUAAAAAUUAUUUUUCAGUGAACUUGUCUUUAAAGGUUUCUUCAAAUACACAGUGGAUUUGUCUCUGCUGUCAAAAUUACAACAUUUUCAACAAACUCUGCCACCUUAAUCCUCCAUAUUAUUUAAAUCAUCGCUGAAGAGACGACUGGUUAUUUGUGGGUGAUUAUGGGAUGGACCGUCGCUCUAUUCAAACGCAUGAAGUCAGUCCUCGAUACUAAAAGUGAUUCAGCGAAGUAAGCAGCACGUCCCGAUUCCUUAUUUAUAACCAAACCUGCUACCUAGCCUCAUAAAAUUGGCAAUUUAUUUUUCCGCCUCAGCUUUUGUACAGAAUCAGAAUACAUAAUGUUACAUAAUGAUCUUUAAAUGUGCUUUUAAGAGGAAUUUACCACCUUUCCACAGUGCCAGUUCAUGUUUUCAGUCUUUCGGCUAAGCUACGCUAAUUGCUUCCUGGCUGUAGCAUUAUGUUUCCUCCUCCUUUCUCAGAAAGUCAGUAAGUAUUUUCCCUCCGUGCCAUUUCCUUAAAUAUGAAACAUCUCACAGCGGAACAUUAAGGAAAGCAAAUGAUGCUCAUUUCCGACAGCUGUCAGCGUGUACAUUCAUCAGCAAAUGAGCUUUUUAAAAUGAGCAUUUGCAGCAUCUUAACUCAUCUGCCUCUUGCCUUACAUUAACUCGUUGCCAACAUUUGGUACAUGACUUCUCGCUGUUGUCUCUGCAUGUUUUGUGCUACCUUGUGGCUUAAACGACACGUUUUCACUGUAAACUGCCUAGUGGCAUCAGCAUGCAUGUGUGUGUGGAUGCAAACGUGUGCCCUAGAAAUCGUCCUCGGUGUGCACAUCUCUGCACGAGUGGGCGUGAACAAGCAUGAUCUCAGGUAUGCGUUUAGUUCAUUCUCCCAUUUGUCCGUUUUUCUGUUUUUGAGAUUUUGUUUUAUUUUUUAUUUUUUUAAAGAAAGCAUGAAUUUGUUACUCUGAGUCACACAAGCUUGUAUUUGAUGUUACGGAUGGUGUUCUGGUGACUGCCCACACGGCUUGUGCAGUAGCAGUGAUCUCAGUCGUUCACGUAUUGUUUCAGGUUUUAAUCUAAGCGGGAAGGAAGCUCCUGCACAGCCGUGAUGGUUAUGACCUGCUUCUUCAUCCAUCAGGCGUGUAUUUUAGAAGUAUUUGUGCAGGAGCCAUAGUUUUUCCUUUUAUCGUCCAUUUAGCAUAAACAUGUGGCUUUUUUUUUUAUAAAUCUGCUAUUUUACCUCUAAAUAAACAAACGUGCGAUUCUUUUUCUCCCCACCUCUGUCGAUCUGAAUGAAUGUCGCCUUUCUACACAUUAAUUUUGUUUAAACGUUUAACUGGGAUGAGAGCAGUCAAACGUGUGAAGUGUGCAACAGGAAAACACCUGACACAAGAUACAGAAAAGGAAUAAACUAUACGGAGCACCACUUCAAUAUUUUCUAAGAAUGUAUUUUAUGUAAAUGGACGCGAUGCUUGUUUGAAAAUGUAAAACUGUCUCUUAACUAUUAGGAAGUGGAUUAAAAUAAGGCGUACGCUGCAGACGUGAAGAGUUGCAUGAUGAGUUUCUGUUUCCUGUUUAUAUUUAAAAAGCGCCGCUUGUUUAGCGGCGCUGUCGGCCAGCGGGGCCGUGCCGUCGGUUUCACCUGGAAGUGGUUUCUUUCUGUGUUUGUGCAUCACUGCUGCUACGAACAACUCUGAUCCAAUCAGCCUGUGCUACGAUGACCUUUGUUGUGCACUUGAUUCACCAAACUCCAUGUUGUUGCAUCGACUGCAAGGACUUUGCAUUUACUGACCAAUAAAGAGAAACAUUUGCAGAACAUGUCAA